AUGCAGACUGCUUCUACUAACAUUUGUGAAAGAAUGGGUCACUCUCAGGAGCUCAGUGAAUUCAAGCGUGGUACUAUUUUAGGUUGCCACCUGUGCAAUAAGUCCAUCUGUGAAAUUUCCUUGCUACUAAAUAUUCCAUGGUCAACUGUUAGUGGUAUUAUAACAAAGUGGAAGCAACUGGGAACAACAGCAACUCAGCCACUAAGUGAGAGGGGUCAGUGCAUGCUGAAGUGCACAGUGUGUGUAGAAGUCGCCAACUGUCUGCAGAGUCAAUAGCUGUGCAAUGCAAAUUGUUGGAUGCACUGGUGUAAAGCACGCCAUCACUGGACUCUUGAAAUGUGUUCUUUGGAGUG